CCCGCCUUCAGCAACUACAAAUCCUCAGCUCCGCCGCCACCGCCAACACCGACGAACACAUUCGCCGUCAAUGUCUUCUACUGCCUUCUCCUCUGCAUCCAUCGAUCUCGAGGCCCAAGUGGCUCUCCCGGCACCCACGCGCGCCAUGCCAGACUCUUCGCGGACGGCACCAGUUGCCCCCAUUAACCCAACGGACGAGCUUUUUGGAUACACUUUCUCCCCAUCGUCGCGCACGCGCGAUAGUCGCCACGACUCUGUCCGCAUGAGCAUCUCAGAUGUUCCCCCUCCAUACGUUGAGGAAUCAGACGUGCCAGCAUACACACUCCAUGCGCCCGAGCCAAUGACGCUCGCCAUGUAUCUCUUCAAAUUCGGAUUUUUAUUCCCGCCGUUCUGGAUAUUCGGUGCCCUCAUCCUCCUUUCGCCCCUUCGCGAACCACCCACAUCCUCCGACGCUGAUGUACCGGCGUGGAUGCCAGAAAAGACGGAAGCAGAGCGCCAGCAAAUCAUUGCUGAGAUACGCACCGUUGAAGUCAAAUGGGCCAAGAGAUGUCUCUGGGCCAUCCUCAUCCUUAUCAUCGUCUCUACCAUUGCCGCCGUAUCCGCCUGGGCGGUAAUGAGAAGCUCAUGAAUUCCCCUCCCACCCACCACACGCACGCAUUGGGACUCGACCUCUUCUUUUUAUCACGCAUACCCCAAACAUUCAUUCGAAUUCUACACCAGGCCGCACCUACAUUUUGCUGCGCCAACUUUUUUAUUCUGCACCCCGCCACAUCGGCGGGCGAUACACAUUCAUUCAUUGGGACUUUUCGAUUCUUGGAACUACCAUCAUUUGUACCCUUACGACUUGCAUACUUUCACGCUCUUAUGUACUACGCACGAAACGCACCUCCGCGAGGACUGUAUUUAUAUUUACUUCGUUUAUCUAUCUCAACGAGACUUUUUUGGAACGUUC